CAGUUAAUCUUUGGCGCCAUGAAAUCUGUCAUUUGAAACCACAGUGACUCGACAGUCGUCACUCUCUUCACUUUUUAACUUUUUGGUUUUAUUAUAUCUCAAGCAAUCGUCAGUACAACCUACGCAUCCAACCCUUGCCCUAAAAUGCCAUCUCCCUGUUUCUCUAUAUGCAUGAUCAUAAGAUAAAAUUAGGGCAUGAAAUUUGAGGAUUCAGAUUUCAGUUGAAAAGGGGCAACUUUUCUAAUCAAUUUUGAGGAAGAAGAGUUUUGAUCACUGCUCCACUAUCUCUUGCUCUGCAAAGCUGAUUCAGAGACAGGCCUAUUUUGAAAAAGCCAUUUUCCUGCUUUCCUGCUGAUGCACUAUACUUACCCAAAUUUUUUUGUGCCACCUUCUAAGAACAGUGAAGCACCUGAGUGGAGAUUCAGCUUUCAUAUAUCUUCCAUAAGUCCAAAGGAAGAUGGGAGCUACCAGCAAGAUCAAGAUGGAGUUUGGCAUGCGAAUGGCGAGGCAUGUGAUUUUUAGGGAAAUCAUGAGUGGCUGCAGAAAGAAUUUGUUAUUGUCACCAUUGUCGCUGCAAUUUAUGUUGAAUUUGGUGGCUUCAGGUUCCUCGGGACGCUCCUUUGAUCAGUUGCUAAGCUUUCUUGAAUCUGAAAGCAUUGGCGAUCUCAAUAAGCAAGCUUCACAAAUAAUGGCUAUUACAACAAGCGAAAGAUCCUCCAAUAGCAGCCGUCAAGAAUCGGUAUCUGGCCAGCAAGGACCCUUCUCUUCUUAUUCUUUAAGUGGAAUUUCUGGACCCUCCAUCAGUGAAUAUCAGACACCACUUGUAGGUUUUGUUAAUGGGCUUUGGGUUGAUCAUCGAUUCCCUCUUAAAGAGUCUUUCAAAGAGAUUGCUAAAGAUGUUUACAAUGUGGAAGUUAGAACCAUUGACUUCAUUACUCAGGGUAAGCAAGUGAAAAAAGAAGCAAACUUGUGGGCCAAAAAGGCAACCAAAGGUCUUAUAAAGAAGUUGCUUCCACCUCGUAGCUUUGACAAAGAUUCAAUGCUUGUAUUUGCCAAUGGUUUAUACUUCAAAGGAAUUUUGGUUUCUGCUUUUGAACCUUCAAGAAUUCGUUAUGAAGCCUUUCAUCUUCUCAGCGGAGCAACCAUAAAAGUUCCCUUUAUGACUGGUGGCUCUGGUUCUGAUAUGAGGCCAUUUUAUGAAUCCUUUAAGGGUUUCAAGCUUCUCAAAUUACCAUUUAAAAGUGACCAGGACAAUAAGCAAUUCUGUAUGUACAUCUUUCUUCCUGAUAAGAAAUUUGGAUUACAAAAAUUAAUGGAAAGGAUCAACUCUGAUCCAAGAUUGUUACAUGGCCAGUUGGAACUUGAGAAAGUAAAGCUUGGUAAUGUGUGGAUUCCGAAGAUGACAUUUUCAUAUCAUAUUGAAGUUUCAAGUGUCAUUAAAGAACUAGGAUUAACUUUGCCAUUCAAGGAGACAGAUGGUGAGUUGAAAGAGAUGGUGGAUUCUGCUGACGGGGAGAAAGUUCGUGGCUCCAAAUUGAUUCACAAAGCUCGCAUACAAGUAAGUGAGAAAGGAAAGGAGGCUGCAGAUUGUAAUGAUCUCCUUUCUGAAGUUACUUGUGGAUCAGAUGUUGAUGUCCAGUCUCCUCCCAGUUUUGUUGCAGAUCAUCCUUUUAUAUUUAUGAUCAAGGAAGAAAGAUCUGAAGUUAUAUUUUUUGUAGGAGCAGUAUUCAAUCCUCUUUUAGAGGCUUGAUUAAUCAUUUUGUUUGAUAUGAUAACGGUACGUAGCAUUUGAUUUUGGUUUAUAUUACAUGAUUAGAAAUUUUUGUUAAUGCA